GGGUAGAAAGAGGGUUGGAGUGUGAGUCACAUGCGAGCCCAAAGGAUGGAGGAACAGAAAAAUCCCUGAGUAAGCGGAGCGCGCCGGUCCACAGAGACAAUGGAGCAGCCGCACAGACUUCCUCGCAGCCAGGAGGACCUGCAGCCCCAGAAGGAGCGGUGGAGACAGGGAGCUCCGGCUUGAGGCUCCGAUGGCGUCCCCAUUCCCAGCUCCAGCCCCAGCGCAUCCUGCCUGCUCAUCCUUCCCAGUGUUCAAGAAGGCAAGUCCCAAUGGAAAGCUCACUGUCUACCUGGGGAAGCGGGACUUUGUGGACCACAUUGACCUCGUGGAUCCUGUGGAUGGUGUGGUCCUGGUGGAUCCUGAAUAUCUCAAGGAAAGGCGAGGCCCCUCCUCAGUGCCCCUGCUCCUCACAGUCUACGUGACACUGACCUGCGCCUUCCGGUAUGGCCGGGAAGACCUGGAUGUCUUGGGUCUGACUUUUCGCAAAGACUUGUUUGUGGCCAACGUGCAGUCCUUCCCACCGGCCCCUGAGGACAAGAAGCCACUGACUCGGCUACAGGAGCGGCUCAUCAAGAAGCUGGGCGAGCAUGCCUAUCCCUUUACCUUUGAGAUCCCUCCAAACCUUCCAUGCUCGGUGACGUUGCAGCCAGGGCCUGAGGACACAGGGAAGGCCUGUGGUGUGGAUUAUGAAGUCAAAGCCUUCUGUGCCGAGAACCUGGAGGAGAAGAUCCACAAAAGGAAUUCUGUGCGGCUAGUCAUCCGGAAGGUUCAGUAUGCCCCUGAGAGGCCUGGCCCUCAGCCCACAGCCGAGACCACCAGACAAUUCCUUAUGUCGGACAAGCCCCUGCACCUUGAGGCAUCUCUGGAUAAGGAGAUCUAUUACCAUGGAGAACCCAUCAGCGUCAAUGUCCAUGUCACCAACAACACCAACAAGACUGUGAAGAAGAUCAAAAUCUCGGUACGCCAGUAUGCAGACAUCUGCCUCUUCAACACAGCGCAGUACAAGUGCCCAGUGGCCAUGGAGGAGGCCGAUGACACUGUGGCACCCAGCUCAACAUUCUGCAAGGUCUACACACUGACUCCCUUUCUGGCCAACAACCGAGAGAAGCGGGGGCUUGCCCUGGAUGGGAAACUCAAGCAUGAAGACACAAAUCUGGCUUCCAGCACUCUGUUGAGGGAAGGUGCCAACCGUGAGAUCCUGGGCAUCAUCGUCUCCUACAAAGUGAAAGUGAAGCUGGUGGUAUCUCGGGGCGGCCUGUUGGGAGAUCUUGCAUCCAGCGACGUGGCUGUGGAGCUGCCUUUUACCUUAAUGCACCCCAAGCCUAAAGAGGAGCCCCCACAUCGGGAAGUUCCAGAGAGCGAGACUCCAGUAGACACCAAUCUCAUAGAGCUUGACACCAAUGAUGACGACAUUGUCUUUGAGGACUUUGCCCGCCAGAGGCUGAAAGGCAUGAAGGACGACAAGGAUGAAGAGGAGGAUGGCACCGGCUCACCACACCUCAACAACAGAUAGACUGGGGCCGGCCCUCGCCCUGGCAGCUCCAGGUUCACUUCUGCACUCGGAUGCUUUCUCGUCUCCUUCCCAUUCCGGUUCCCCCUCCCUUUUGUUCUUCCAGUUUCUACCAAGGGGCCCUAGUGGUCUUCCAAGUCUCGGUGAUGAGCCUCAGAACUGGCCUCACAUCACCAUGCCAGCAGGACCACAGCACACAUCCUCCUCAGCCAUCUCUCUGCGACCACCUGCCCACUCCCUUUUCACGCUCAUUCCUAGGAAGGCCACACUACCUGGCCUGGGGAUUUGGCUUGAGUUGGGGAGCAGAAAGGGGAGGGUGGGGCCAGAAGGCCAAAGUGAUGGUGGGUAUGAAGAUGUGGAGAGGCUGGGCAAGGUGGUUCAAGACACACAAAAAGAUGUCUGCCGUCCCAGGAGGCGACACAGUUUGGGCAGCUAAAAGAUGACUGUAUUGAAGGUUGGAGAGGGCAAGACUCUGAAUAGAUUCUCGAUGCGUU